CCGGUGGACUCGGGUACGCAAAGCUAAUUCGCUCAUAUAAUAGCCGAUCCAGAGCAAUGACGACAUAGCCCGACUUUUCGAGGGGCUUUCAGUCGGCCGCGACGCUCUCUGAGCUCCAGGAAUGGAUGCGAACGUGGACACAGGACGUGUCGCCAGGGGUCAGCCGUGCGUCGACAUCGAAUCGGGCGCGGACCACGCGCUUGGGAAGGUAGAUCUCGCUGGGAAGUGCCGUCAUGGGGUACCAGCACGGCGCAAUAGAGAAGUGCAGGGUGGCGUUGAUGAGCGCCGGGUCGACGAGGUAGCCUCUGCCAUGUCCCAUCAGCGACCUUGGAGGAGACAGCUUGCAUCGCAUCACUCACCAAUCCUCGGGCAGCCGCUCCUUUGCAAUCGCCUCGUCGUCGCCCACAUGCACGCCGUCGAUGCGCUUGAAGUUGCAGCCGAGUUGGGGGACGAGGUUGUCGAGAAUCUGGAGCCACUCGUGCUCCGGCACUGCCUUUGGGCAGCGACUGUUCAUGGCCUUGAUGUCCUCGGCCUCACCGAGCGACGCGCCUUGCACCGAGUAGCGGCCGUCGACAUGGCGCGUCUGUGUUGGAGGAAAGUGAGCAGGUGCCGGCAGAAAGAGCAUCAGAUGUGUGGACCCACCUCGACGAAGCUGUUCAUCCCCGAGACGCUCUGUGAGACGAGGGAGAAGUGACUGUUGCCAUGCGGCCUGUCGAGCGACAGCCUCGAGGGUGCCUCGCCCGGGGCCGGGAUGUGGAUGGGCAUUGCUACGUGGAUGCGCAUGCCGCGCAACUCGCAGCACCCGGGAAUCGUCUCCAGCGCAGCAGCCAUGAAGCCAGCAGCAGGCAUGCAGGACACGCUGUUGACGGUAUGCUCGGCCAGGUCAGGGAGGAUGUCGGCCGAGAUAGCGAGACCGGGCGAGUCGGCGCAGAGACGCUGCCGUCGUCACAGGUGGGCGAGUUCAUCCUUGGGGACCUGCACUGGCAGCUGCGUCUUCUCAAACAUUAUUUGUGCGUCGGCAGGCCGUCCUCCAU